GGGAGGGCAAAAAGCAAAGUGUCUGGAGCAAAAGUUCGAACUUUUCAGCGAAGAAAGCGGGGAGGGAGAGGGAGGCGGAGAAGAUGGCGAGGAGAGCGGAGGAGGAGUACGACUACCUCUUCAAGGUGGUGUUGAUCGGCGACUCGGGAGUGGGCAAAUCCAACCUCCUUUCCCGCUUCACCCGCAACGAGUUCUGCCUGGAGUCCAAGUCCACCAUCGGCGUUGAAUUCGCCACCCGAACCCUCCAGGUUGAAGGCCGGAUAAUAAAAUCCCAAAUAUGGGACACAGCAGGCCAGGAACGAUACCGGGCAAUAACAAGUGCCUACUACCGUGGGGCCCUUGGUGCUAUCCUAGUGUAUGAUGUGACCAAACCAACCACAUUCGAGAAUGUCAGUCGAUGGCUCAAGGAGCUCCGUGACCAUGCUGACCCUAAUAUCGUGAUCAUGCUCAUCGGUAACAAGACCGACCUCAAGCAACUCCGUGCGGUGGCCUCGGAGGAUGCACAAAGCUAUGCUGAAACGGAAGGGCUUUCUUAUAUCGAGACAUCUGCCCUUGAGGCAACGAAUGUGGAGCAGGCAUUUCAGUUGAUUCUUGCGGAGAUAUAUCGAGUCAUCAGUAAAAAGAACAUCUCUUCCGAUGAGCCUGGACCUGGAAUUGCUGGAAGUGUUAAAGAAGGGAAAACCAUUGUGGUCUCAGCAUCAGAGUCCAACACAAAGAAGCAAUGCUGCUCAACAUAGUAGCGUUCGUCCUCACCCUUGUUAUUCAUAUGCUUUUAGUUCUGGAUGUUAAUUUGGGGAUUAUAAUAUUGGGUUAUGAUUUCUUGUUCUCCAUUCAACAUCAGAUGAUUGCUCGAGGCUCUCAUUUCUCUGAUGUCUUCACAUACAUUUUAUUACUUAAAGAAAGGUUUUUUUGUGCA